GAGAAUUUCUUGAUAAAGGGACAGCAACAAGUACUGUGCGCUGUUGUGGUCGGCUUUAAAGCUGAAUCUAAAUCAGGUUGGCCUCGAGGUAAACACGAGGCUUGUGUUGAACCAUCUUCUAAAAAAUAAAUACUCAUACACUGGUAAAACAAAACAAGCUAACUGAUCACAGAAGUUGUCUCACCCAUGCACCGCUACUAAUAAUUUCACUCGAAUCCCAGGCAGCCGUGUUCAGCCGUCCCUAUCAUGGAUCAAUCCUAAACUCGAUAUCACCUUUUUCUGGAAAUUUGGGAAUUGCCAUCCCUCAGCGCUCCUUAUGCUACACGAGUCACUAAUCAAACCACAUACACCAAAAAAUAAACAUACAUCUUCCCAUCUCCCUCUCAGUCAAUGCCUCCAAAACGACGAGCAGCCGCAAAGAGCACUCCUGCUCCAGCAAAGCCUCCUGCUCCUGCUCCUGCUCCUCCUAAACAAACGCCACCUGUCAAACAAGCACCUCCCCCUCCUCCACCGCCUCCACCCAUCGUCGAAUCCUCCUCAGCCAAAGUUCGCAAAGAAUGGCUAGAUUUCAUCUCUACUUGGUAUGAGCCACAGAAGAAGAAACUCCUAGACCAACUUACUAAAGAACUCGACGCCAAAUACAAGAAAUCAACAUCUAGAAUGCAGCAGAACGCUCGUCACUCAGAGUUGGAGAAUAAACUCUCAGAGAUCACAACUCAGCUGGCUGAACCCGCUCAUGAAGAGUGGAACAGUCGUCUCGCUGCACAGCAGCUCCGUGUAGACGAUUGGACAGAUAUCACAGAACAGGAACAGCAGUCUGUCAUCGACGUCUUCAAUGCUUUUUAUGACGACAACGAAGAAGAUCAUUCCACAACCCCCUUUGACACCGGUGAAAUAGAGGAGCCUAUGGUCUCGGCGGUUGAAGAACCUCAACUUGGAGAUUCUUCUCCCUUCUUAACAAUCCGUCAAUCCCCACCCACACCCAUCACAGCCAAUUUUCAGCUUGUCAAUCCAUCUUCCUUCUUCACGGAAACUAUUUCCCCCGCUAAACAAGCCAGAAAGUUGCCGGAGCUUGCCAUGGACAACCUUGCAACCCUGAACAACCUAAGCACGGGUCGCACCCCAGCUGACACUAGCUCAAGCACUAGCGCAGUAUUUGGUUUCCAAGGCUGGGCCUCCGAAGCUGCCUUGGCACUCCCCCAAAGCGCAUCCCAAUCAAACAGAAAUCGCGCCACAGAUAACAUAUCCCGUCAACCAUCCUCCACAGCAUUCGCAUCUUCUCCCUUGUUCUCCUCCCAAACCGCUUCAAACAACUCCCCCCCUCAACCUACAUCCAUGUCACCCCUAACUGCCACUCGCAAUAUUCUCCCAGGCCAACGCUACAUAGGACCUGUUAUCGCCGAAGAGGAAGCCGAGCCGAUCGAUGAAGAACUUCUCAAAGCCAAAAUGGCCGCCGAUUUCCUCGAGUUCAAGAUGGAAGUCCGGAUUCAGAUGAUCCAGCAAUUUCACGCUAAAGCAUCUGCUAUCGAGAUCGAGCUCGCCAGGCAGCUCGAGAGCAGCAAUAGCACUAGCUCAAAAGAGAGCAGACUGCUUACUUUGCACGAACACGAGGAGAACAUGAUGUCGCUUCGCGAGUCCAAGGAGUUAGAGAGGAAGAAGCUGUGUGAUAAGGAACGCGAUCGGCGGUUGCAGGAACAUAGGUUCCUCCAGCAGGCCGCUGCUCAGAAGGCGAUUAAUCAGACCCGCUUGAACGCGAGCGCUUCGUCUUCCAAGAUACCCCCCACCUCCCAGCCGGGAUGGACGACUCAUGCUGCUCCCAAACUCGCUAGUCAAAAAGAGAACCUCUCCACGGGCAGCUUGCCUACGAAGCUUGAUCCUCCCAGCAUGCUCAAGAAGUCUGCUAGCGCUCGCUCUCACGAUAUCAUACCUGGCUUCGACGAAGCUGCGUUCGUGAAGGCUCAGGCAGAAGCUGCGAGCUUGGCGAAAGGAAAACAGCCCGCCCCCACCCUCAACCGGCCUAGCGCGCUCAAAAAGGCAGAAAUCACAAGUUCGCACGACGAGCCUGUCGAGCCCGUCAUUCCAUCCACAGCUCCCACUGCACAUGCCACAAAGGGCAAGAAGGGCAAGAAGACGCAAGUUGACGCCCAACAGCCCAAAACCGUCACUUUCAACGAAGAGCCCGGUACCGAUGCGGAGCCUCCUCCAGCAAAGGGUACAAAAGGCGCUCGGGGUUCGUUGUCUGUGAUGAUCGAGGAGGAGCCGGAUGAAGACGCUGAUCCCUUCUCUACGUGGAACCCAAAAACUGCACGAGCUACUACGCCUGCGCCUGCUAAGAAGGGCAAGGCUGCAGUCGUCGCUCAAGAGGUGGUGGUUGAGCCAGUUCCUCUUGUAGCUUCCACUCCUGUCUGGGGUUCGGCAGCGGGGAAGAGAGACAAAGCCCCGGCCCCACCUGCAGAACCUACGGAAGAAUCAUUCCAGACAUGGUCCGCGCCGGGGAAGAAUAAUAAAGGCAAAGCCCCUAUUAUACCCGCAGAACCCAUGGAAGAUCCUUUCCAAACGUGGAACGUGCCUAGGGGUCCGGUGUCGACUAAGAAAACAAAGGUCACUGUUACAGAAGAGGCUGAUGAAGAGGCUGGACCGGCUGCUGUUGUUUGGGGUGCUGGGCUCAAGGGUGCAUCGGCGGCGGCGAAGAAGGUGGUACCGCAGCCAGAGGCUCGUCGCGGUGCUCAGUCCUCUUCCAAAUCUGCUGUGGUCCAAGAUGCUGUUGAAGAAGAGGAGGACGAUGAAGAUGAUGAUGAGGAGUGGGACCAGAUCCGGCCCGCGUCCGCCAUACCAGGGAGCCUGGAUACUACUAGUGAAGCAGAAAACGACGCAUGGGGAUCUUCCUACUGGGGAAACCUCUCCAACGGGCAGCCCAUCUCACAACCCACAAACGAAUCCGCUUCCUAUUGGGCCAGCCUCUCCAAGGCGCACACCAAUGCAAGCGAAUCUGCCCAACACAUGGUGUGGACGCCAUCAAUGGAAGCAGAAGAGAGCGGCGACGAAGAAGAUUUAGGCGAAACCAUGGAGAGCGCCCUCUGGAUGCAAUACGCCAUCAGCGGAGGCGAGAUCCCUGGCUUCGAGGCGCCUGACCCGCAGGAGGACGUUCAUACCCAUACCCACGCACACGCUCGUGUGAAAAGCACCCCCGCCGCUACUGCUCCGCACAAGAAGACCACCAACGAGCCAACCAUGAGUAUCUGGGAGCAAGGGAAAGGGAAAAAAAAAUCAGCGCCGGCGAUCGAGACUAGGAUAGAAACGACUCAUGCUGCACCACAGCAAGUGUCCGCGUCAUCUAGCGCUCGGACGGCUCAAUGGCCAAAGGCCAAGAUGGAGAUGGAGAACUGGGCUUCGCGCCUUGGCCAAAGCUCAGGCUCAGCUAGACAUUUGUAAUCUUUUUUUCUUUUUUUGUUCGUUUCAUGAUAAGACGGACGACUUGCAAUUAUUUUCUAAUGCUGUGAUCACUGUUUGAUUGGGUUUCUUUUUCCGCUAUAUUGUUUUCGCGGCUUACUGGUUAAGCCCUUGCUUUUAUCGUACUAGUUAAACUGUUCUGUUUGUUCUAAUUGUCAAGUUUCAUGUUGUAUCUGUCGUCAAUCGAUUUGCAUCGUUGUUGGUCCUUGCGCGUGAGGAGUCUGAGCGAGCAAACGGGGAAAACGAGGCAGGUCUACAGUGUACGAAGCACUAGGAUACCAUCUCCGUAGGGACCUCUAUAGUACAAAUUUCGAUGUCCAAUGAAAAUUCUGUAAGGAAAC